AAUUGUUUUCGGAUUCUCCGCUAUCAUCAGAUCAAAGCCACAGACUGGACUCCUCAACCUUUGAUGGACUGCACACGCAAAAGGAAACUAGGUUCUGAUAAAUCUGCCGGAAGCUGAAAGAACCUUUCAUCAUGGACGACCAACACGAUCUUUCCUACCCGGACCCUGCUUCUGGUUAUCAUGUAACACCUUAUCCUGAGGUUUCUCACCAGACAGACCCUUACAGCUAUGCCUACGGUAAUCCGGCAGAGGAUUACUAUCCUCCCAUGCCACAGCCUCUCAUGCAUGAUGGCUUUAUACCCCGCGGACCACAACCCUUGAUGCAUGAAGGCUUUAUGCCCCGACAAGACAUGGACCCGGAAUCCGAUGUCGAUGAAGAUCCAAGCAAUGGUUAUGGUGCUCUCCAGGCGCAAUACGGUCUCAACUUCGUCCUCAACCCGCAAAGCUCCCAUGUCGACUUUCACAACAACAACCAAUUCGAUGAUGGCGACGAUAUUAUCUAUGAAGACGAAUUCGAAGGAGAGGAUCCUGCAGUCCAUCGCAGUCGUCUUAACAGUGUCGAGCGCGAACUCUUGGACGCUAGAGACAAUCCCCGAAUCGACCCCGACUUUGCCAUGUCUGACGGAAAUGGAGACAGCUCAGACGACAUGUCCAUCAACUCCGACCUUCUGAAAGAUAUCCUUGAUGAAGAAAUCGCGGCAGGCUCUGCGCGUGGCCGUGGAAGAGGUCGUGGUCGUGCGCGUGGUGCAGGCACAGGACGUCGACGUGGCUGGAAAUGGGCUAUCAAAGGAACAGAGCACGAUCCCAAGAUGGCUCGUGGCAGAGGUCGGGGCCGUGGUCGAGGCAGAGGGAAUGUUGUUCCACGUGGAGAAGGUCGACGCAAGAAUGGCGACAAAAGAAACACUGUCGCAGAGCCUGAUCCAGAGUUCAAGCGAUUGCAAUCGAUGGCCACCCAGGCUUUCCUCAACAACAACUUUCAAGUCGCUGCAGACUACGCUCGCGAUGCUGUUAAGGCCAAUCCUGAAAUUUUCGCCGCUCACAGUCUGCUAUCCGAGAUUCUUCUGGCACAAGGCAAAGACCAAGAUUCGCUUACUGUGCUUUUGCACGGUGCUCACACAAGACGAGACCCGGGUCUUUGGUGGACCGUUGCUGAGCGUACGCUGGAGCUGGCCGGCGAGAGUCGUACACCUUCUGUGCUGGAGCAAGCCAUCUACUGCUUCGCAUGGGCGAUCAAGCUCGACCCCGAUGACUAUGAUGCCCGUCGCGAAAAGCUCAACCUGCUUCUGGAGUCCGACCAACCUGCGAGAGCGAGAGGAGAGGCAAAGAUGAUGGUCCGCCAGAAACCCCACGACCUCAACAUUGUCAAACAAUACGCCGACUUGUGCGCCUACUCCGCCAGUCUGCCGGAAAUCAGACGAGCAAAGGAUGCCUACGAUGUUGCAAUCAACUUCUACUUCAAGGGCAGAUCGCUCGGUGUACCAGAGACACAAUGGUCCCAUCUCAACGUCUACCUCGAUCUGGUGGAGAAGUGUGAGAACCCUGCACAAGCGGCCUUUCAUCUCAAGAAGCUUUCACGAUGGUUGCUUGGCAGAAAGGAAGACACCUUCUGGGAUAGCGUGACAGGAGAUGACAGAGAGUUUGACAACGAUGAUGUACCUCGCAGAAUCCAAAUCCAGGAGUUCAAGUACAGUCGCUUCGCUGGACAAAAGCAGAUGUACGGCGAAGGUCUUCCUCUUGAGCUGCGAGUCAAGCUUGGUCUCUUCCGCGUCAAGAUCAGUAGGGCAGAUCUUCCAGAGGCAAUGCGCCACUUUCAAUACCUACUGGACCUCAAAGACACCGUCUCAGAAUACUACGAUCUGUUCAGAGAUGUUGCUGAGGGCUUGAUCGAGCAGACCUACUAUGCAGAGGCCAUACUCUUCUAUGAGCCUAUCAGAUCAGUUCCUGAGGCUUGCGAUCAUGACUACUACAUGAAACUCGCAGACUGUUACAUGAUGUUUAGUCGCAACGCAGACGCCGAAUCAUGCUGGAAGUUUAUCGUCGACAACGAUCCGGAAGAUAUCAAAUCCCGUAUUGCAUUGGCGAAACUUUAUGAAGCAGAGCAGAGAAUGGCAGAAGCUGUGCCGCUGGUUCACGAGGUCAUCAGACUUGGCCGUAGUGAUGCAGUCAAGAAGGCGAAGAUCACAGUGGAUAAGCCACCUCCACCACGAGCUCUUGCUCCUCUCAUGCCUCGACCUGAUCAACCCGCGCCUGUUGGAAGAGUAGCAGGCCCAGUUUCCAGACACUACUCCCUCGGUCCCAUGCCUGAAGACGGCGAAGACGGCGACUACCAAGACGAAGGCCAAGAAGAAGAUGACGAUGAUGAGAUCUCAGAUGAAGAAGAAGAUUCCAUCGCCGCCUUCCGCCCAGGAAAACGCGGCCGUCCUGCCAAAAAGAAGCGCGACGCACCCAAACCCAGAGUUUCUCAAACCUACGAACGACUUCAACAACAAGAUCAGCGUAUCAAGGCCAACCAUGUCCUUGUCAAUUCGGCCAGAGAAACUCUCGAUGAAGAUGAAGACUCUCUCCAGACUUACUUUGAAGCCGCACAGGAAAUGAUGGAUGACUUCAAAACCGUCCGCGCCUUCUACCCGGGUCGUGAUAAACAUAUCAAGUUCACCGGAUAUGGACGGAAUGCCAAAUCCUCACUCAUUGCAGAAAUGGAAGCGAUGAAAAAACGCAUCACCAACGACAAUGACAUGGACAUCGACGACGAGGUUCCUGAUGAAAGCAUACCUGACAACUUCCACGAUAUCAAGUUUACAGAGUGGCUAGACAUAUUCUGCGAAUACGCUUUGCUCAUUGCUAAAUCCACCGCCGAUCGCGAAAAAUGCUACGAGAUCCUCACCUCUGCGUGGAGUUGUACUGUCUUCUACCAUAACCUGCAACACAAGACACAAAUCCACGCGACUUGGAUGGCUUGCGCUCUUCUCCUCAACGACGAGCAAAAAGUCUGCGAGGUGGGCCGCUUCUUCAUCACAGAAUGGCCUCACAGCGGAGCUGCAUAUCAAUUAUUUGCCGGUGUCAAUAGACUUUUCGCAGGCUAUAGUAACUGGUUCAACUCUGGUCCCACCCAAAAAUUCAUCCUGCGUCAAGUAAAAGCACUGGAUUACGCACUGCUCGACCCAGAAUCCAGAGCCAUCUACGCCUUCACCGGUCAAGAAAGAAGCUCAUACACACAAGCCGGCAAACGCGACGCCAACCCCCACGACCUCCCCGACCUCGACGCCGGCGUCCUCUCCCUCUACGGCCACAUAAUGGCAGCAGCGCAAUCCUGGACAUCAGCGCUAAACUACUAUUUCCGCGUCCUCACCCUCGACCCCAACAAUAUCGUCGUCAACCUAUGCAUCGCAACCGCAUACCUUCAAAUGGGCAUGAAGAGACAGUCUGAAAACAGGCAUUGGCAGAUUUACCAGGGCAUUGCGUUUUUGCAAAGAUAUGUCGAGCUCAGACGUGAGAGUGGGAGCAAAAUUCAUCAGCAGGAAGCUAUUUAUAAUGUUGGGCGUUCGUGGCAUCUUUUGGGGAUUAUGCAUUUGGCUGUUCCGGAGUAUGAAAAGGCUCUCGCUAUGGCUGAGGAAGUCAGAGCGGAAGCGAAGGAAAGAGCCAAGGAAACAGCAAGACUCAGAGAAGGAGGAAGGGUCAGAAGAGAGGAAAGUGAUGAUGAUGAGGACGAGGAAGAGGAAGAAGAAGAGGUUGACGCAGAGGAAUUUACACAAGAGGCUGCUUUUGCAUUGAUGCAGAUUUUGGCCAUGAAUAAUAAUGAAAAGGCUGCUAGGAAGGUGGCGGAGAAGUGGUUGGUCAUGUGAGAGGUCUUGACUGGUUGUUUUGCUGGUCGCUUUUCAGGCAGUUCGAGGGAAGGAUAGAGGAGGUUUCGGCAAGAGCAAUGGAGUUUCAAGGGUAGUUGCUUCUUUGCUGCUUUACAAGGCGUUGAGGUUGGCUUUGCAAAAGGAGCAUCUCGAGGCAGUAUACCUCUUUCGAACAUUUGUACAAUACGAACAUGACUUUGCAGAUUGAACAGUCCCAAUAUUGACUUUACUCUUACAUACCACAAUCGCACCU